AUGCCUGUUAUGGGGCCCGAAUUGAUAGCAAUAUCGGCGGACGGUUUCCUUCAGUGCGUACAUCCGCCGUAUAGCCAUGCUUCGAGCGUGUACAGCCAGAUAGUUCAGUCGAAUAUUGCCGCGGCGUACGUGACGGAUGUUGAUGGAGAUGGUCAAGAGGAAUUGGUUGUCUUCAUGACAGAUAGAAAGCGUCUUACGUGCGCUGAAGCGUGUCUAUCCACAAAUGAGGUGCCGAGAUUUACGUUUGUGUGUCCGUCUCAGCGCAUCAACGCCACUCGUUAUCGAAACUAUCCACAAGAACAAGCCAAUCAGAAAGAGCGAACGUUAGCGAAUCCCGGAUGGGGAGUGGCUGCUGCAGCUGCCGUACGGCACAAAAAUUUCAACUGUCUUGUGACCUUAGAUAUCACUGGCAAUGUGCUUGUAUAUGGAUAUAAUCAGCGCAGUGUAACGAAAUCGGAAAUCACGCCUUUGUUGUCGUUCAAGACGUUUUCAGACGCUACUUACCUGGCAGUAACUCUCUGUGGAGAAGUUUUACUCAUCGCCGUGAAGGGCGUUGUGGGCAACGUGGUGGUUUAUGAAGUUCCUGUGAAAAGUAUUAUCAACGAACUCAGUGUCUAA